AUGCCGGCAAGCAAAGACGUGUGCUAUCUGCUCAACGUCGUUGGCUUUGCGGGCUCGGUGGCCGACAUCGCGACAAACAGCGAGAUUGCCAAAAUCCCCUUCUUGUCGUUCGAUCGGGGAAACGUGGGGGACGGGCUGCCAGACUGGGUUGAGGAGGAGGACGGCGUGUGGCGGUGGAGCCUUCUUGUCAAGAGGAAGGAGAACACCGGGGACCUCGACGACGUCAAGACAAUUGCCAGGACCGAGGAGAGGGCGAGGAGCUAUCUGCACUUGUCGGGCGCCAGUGCGAUGGUUAUGGAGUGUGCCAAGGCGCUGCGUGAGAAGUUGAAGUAA